UGCAAAACCUUAACCAAGGUGUGACGUCGACGUCGACGCCAACGCUUGGCAACAAGACAAAGUGCACAAGAACUGAUGACGUCACACACGAAGUACUCACCCGGAAGCAUUUACUCGUCACUGAAUUUCGAGACAGUUUGACAGCUAAUCUGCACGUUAUUUUCCCAAAUAAAUCGGCAGCCAUGGGGGAUGAGAUUAAAUUUUUCUACUCAUCAGUUACUGGUAACGCCAAUAUGAGGAAGCACCAGCAACACAUAGAGGACAUUCUUUCAUCGAAAGGUAUCAUGUUUGAAAAGAUCGAUAUUGCUGACCCUGCCCAAGAAGAGUCCAAAAAGUUCAUGAGAGAGAAUGCUACUCCAGCAGAAAAUGCAAAACUACCAUUACCUCCUCAGCUGUUUGCUGGAGAUAAAUACCUCGGUGACUACGACAAGUUCCUUGAAGCCCUUGAAGAUGAAAAGAUAGAUCAAUUCUUAGGCCUUGCUCCAGCCACUGAGGUCUCGGAAGCAACUGUAGUAGUCACAGGGGAAGAUGAAGACGAAGCAACGAAGGAGGAUGAGGAAAAGCAGAAAGCUGACGAAGGGGAAAAGGAAUCUGAAGACAAAGACAAAACAAUUGAAGAAGUCGCAGAAGAAGAUGCUAAGAAGGAAGCAGAAAAGGACGAGAAAAAAGAUGAAACUGAUGGAGAGAAAGAAGAGAAAAAAGAUGAGAAGAAAGAUGAAGCGAAAAAAGAGGGAGAAAAAGAAGAAGAAAAGACUGCUGAAGAAGAUGAAAAUAAACCUUUCAUAUUUCGAAGAAAGAAAAGUUUUGAUGAGGUUGAUGAGGACGCAGAUCCUUGGGCUGCCUUUGAGGAGAAAGAAGAAGAAAAGAAAGAAGAAGAGAAAAAGGAUGAUGAAGCUUCUCCUGAGGAAGACUUGAACAAACCUUUGGUGUUUAAGAGAAAAAAGAGUUACGAUGAAGUUGAUGAAGAUGCUGACCCUUGGGCAGACAUAGGUGGAGAUGAUGAGGUAAAGAAAGAAACGGAUGAAGAAGCAAAGAAGAAAGAAGAGGAAAAAACACCAGAGGAUGAUGUGAAUAAACCUCUGAUUUUUAAGAGAAAGACAGAUUUUGAUGAUGUUGAUGAGGAUGCAGAUCCUUGGGCAGAUAUUGGCGGAGGAGAUGACGAUAAGAAAGAGGAAAAGAAAGAAGAAAAGGAGGAGGUCAAUGAUAAAGAAGGUAAAGCUGGGGAGGAGGGUAAAAAGGAGGAUGAUGAUGUUGAUGAUAUUCAUAAACCUCUUGUUUUUAAGAAGAAGAAAGAUUUUGACGAGGCUGAUGAAGAUGCUGAUCCUUGGGCCGAUAUUGUUAGUGAAGAAACCAAAGCUGAAGAAGUAAAAGAUGAAACAAACAAAGAAUCCAAAGGAGAGACAGAAGAUAAAGCCAAAGAAGAGAAAAAAGAAGAAACAGUUGAAGAAAAGAAAACUGAAGAAGACGAUGAUAUUCUCAAGCCUUCGGUGUUUAAAAGGAAAAAGUCAUUAGAUGAAGUGGAUGAGGAUGCUGAUCCAUGGGCUGAUAUUGGGUCUGAUGAUAAGAAGGUGGAAGAACAGGCAGCAGCCAGUGAAGCUAAGCCAGAAGAAAAGGACCAAAAGAAGGAAGAACCUAAAGAGGAAGAGUUGGCUCCAGAAGAUGACAUCAAUAAGCCAUUGGUGUUUAAGAGGAAGAAGGACUAUGAUGAUGAAGAGGAGGAUGCUGAUCCCUGGGGAAUUACAGAAGGGUAAGUCCGAUGAUUAGAACAUCAACCAUACCUGCUGAACUGCAAUAUUUCGUAUUAUACUCUCCUCCAAUCAAGCCUGGGACAAGACGACCAUUAUCGCGUCAAUCAUGCCAUCAGGAGUUUCCUUCAGAUGUAUCUGCAUCUCUCAGAUCCCUCAAAUAUUUUUCAUUUUAUAAUUAUAAAGCAUCUUUGCUGUUAAUGUCAAUGUAUUGUUCGCAAUCAUUUGUAACAACAGAGCUUUGCAAAUUUACAGUUGAUAAUAAGUAUUACAAUCUUUUCUUACGUGGGAUAAAAACAGUGAAAAUUGACUCUCCUAAAUGUUAAGUGUUUAAAACUUUUUAAAAGCAAUGUUUAUUGUAUGUUUGAUUAGGCUUGAUUUAUUAUUUUGUGUAAUAUGUUGUCUUCCAGGGGCCGAUUUCUCGAAAAAUGUUAAGCAUAACAGGUUUAAGACUAUUAUUUAUUUGCUUAUACUUGAUUUCAUUGCCAAACGUUUCUAUAAAAUUUCCUAAAAAAAUAAACAAAUUUUCAAAAUCAGAAAAUACACAUUUUAUACCAAAAGAAAUUAAUAAUGUGAACUUAGCUUGAUCCUGUUAAAAUGAAUUUAAAUUUACCCGAGAAAUUAGGCCCAGGACUAUUUUAUUGGGUUUCAAACAGCAAAAGGCUUAAAUUAUUGUAUGAAUAUCUUACACAUUGCUCAAAUGCUCAGAUUUACUUACAAACUUAUUAGCCAAGAUGGAUUUAAAAAUAAAUUACUGUUAAAAAAUGGAGACACUUUAUUACAAAAUAAUAUCCACACUUUACUAUUUUUAGACAUUUAAUUAAGUUCAAAAUGAUCGUUGUUAUAAGAGCUAAAAUUGUAUUAAUUAAGUGAAGGGAAAUGAAAAUAUUGUUAUUGCUUAAAAAGUGUUAACUUUAAUUUAAAUAGAAAAAAUCUGUGGUGACUUUCACAGAUAUUUUGAUGAAUGAAAUUGAGCUCAGAACAAUUGUAUGGUUAGUUCAUGUAGGUUAUUUUGGUGUUAUAUAUUACUAACAGUAUAUUAAAGAACUCUAUAUACUCAAAUUUAUAUUAUAUGACUUAUGUAAUCCAUUUAUCAUAAAUACUGGUUGGAAAAUUUCAAAAUGCUUUAGAGAAAAUCUUUCAGGUAAUUUAAAGGCAGCCAAAUGCAAAUUCUGCUUUAAGCCUAUUUAAAUAUAAUUAAAUCAAUAAAGUUAAAAAUACGCUUCUUGAAUGUACAAUUUUGAUGUUAAAAUCAGUGCUUAAAUUGAAAGAAAAUUGCAAAAUAAGUGGCAAAACACAUUUUUUAAAUUUAAGUUUUAUUUUUAGAACACAAAUAUUUCAUAAGCUGAAUGCACUAGUACAAAAUACAUCUAAAAAUAGAUUAAAUUGAUGUAAGCCAGAAAGAGAAACCCACAAUUCACUUAUGGAAUGGAAGAUUUGGCCAAUUUCUAAUCUGAUUUUUGUGAAACUUCAUACAUUUCUGCCGCAUAUUUAUAUAAAAAAAUAUACUUUUUUUAAUGAAGUACAUGUAAUUGGCUGCCUUUAAUACUGAAAGAAACACAGGACAUGAUUAUUCUGUCCAAUUAAAAUUAUCAGAUUAAUUAUGCUACUUAAUCAAUCCCAAACAAAUUAAAACAUAAAAUUAACUAUAAUAAUACUUGUUAUCAAUGAUUUUUUUAUUGCAUUUAUUUUUACAGUAUGUCCCUUACCCUUUUUUCUAGCUAUUUAUAAACCAUGAAUCGUCAUUGUUAUUUUUCCAUGGUUACGGUUUUUCUUUGUUGAGGAUUAUACAUUUUGAUGCUUAUGUUUAGUUUAAGAUAAUUUUUUUGCCAUGUGAUUGUGUUCAGAUAUGAUGUUGUAUCACAACUUUUCAACCAUCAAAGUUUCAUAAAGAUGUAACGAAAAAAAAAUGCUGUUUUCUUAAUUUUUCAUUGGCCAAAUAGGCUGGUUAAUUAGAAUUUCGAAUUUUUAUUUCUAGUAAAAACAGUCUAUUUCUGCUAAAAUUAACAAAAACGAAAUAGCAUUUUAUGACUAUUUUCUCGAUAAUAUUUCUCUUUUGAAUUUUGUAUUAGAACAGGUAAGAUUAAUAACAAGUUAAAAAGAGAUUUAUUUAAAAAAAAUGUUAUCGUACCACGUUGAUUUCUUGUGUUAGCAUUUAAACCAAUUUUCGUUGUUUUGUUUUCUGUUAAUGAUACCUUAUUUGAUGCCAUAACAAUACACAUCAUGUUGUUUUCAUGUUAUAAUUGAUUAGUGCAAUUGUUGAAUUUGUUGCGUACAUGUAUUCCCUCAUCGGCAAUAUAAAUAUGAUAAAACAGUUAUAAUCGUAAAACUUUUUCUUGAUGCAAAAAAAAAAAAAUGAUAUAUUUUCAUUAGUGCUAUAUUACUUUUUUCAUUUGUCAAUGUGCUCCGAUCUUUUUACCUCUAUUGAAAAGAAGAAAUAUGGCAAUGAAUUUAAUGUGCAAUAUCUUGUAUCAGCAAUGGAAGCAUUCCAAAUUUUUUCUAAAGGCUUAUAAGUUAUAACAUGCAAUAAUCAUACAUGCUUUCCUUGUAGGUUUUGUUGCCAUUUUGAUAAAUUUUUGGCUGAAACGCUAAACGUCAGUAAAGGCUACUUAAUGCUGCAAUCUGGCAUAAAGUUAAUAAAAAAAUUCCGACUUUUCUCUUAUAAAUUCUUCUCACAACUAUGCAUGAUAGCUGCAUAAUUAGGUCAUACAAAAGUUUUUGCCGAUAGUUUGGGUUUACAUCGAGCAUAAUGGGUAUUAUUUGUGGCAGCAAAACCCCCAGUCAUUCUAACCCCCAGUCAAUUUUUGUCUUGUUCAAUGUUUUUGUUUUAAAGGUUUGCUGUGGUGCCUACAUGUUUUUUAUACAUCAUAAGGUGUACAUUUCAUUAGUGUGUGCUAUCUGGUAUACUUAAUUGUUUCGGAAUGCGAUUAAACUGAUUUAUUGUGUAACAAGUUAUAUAAUGAUAUUUUAUCAUAUAUUGGAGUCAGAAUUUAUGUAAUUGAAAGAGUUGAUUUCUCUGUAUUUUUUUGGCAAAAUCAUGUUCAUGCACUAUUUUUUGUUCAAUUAUUUGUUAGAAAUUGCCUAUUUAUAUUUAAGGUAAGCCAUCCAUCAUAAGAUUGCAAAGCUGUGUUGGUCCAUUUUAGAUAUUAAUAUCCAUCGAGAUUAUUUCUGUGUUUAAUUCAUAUUGAUUAACCGUAAUGUUAUAGUACUAUUAUGAUAUGAUGUGAUAUAAUAAAGGGAGGUAAUUAUACAAUUUUUUACUACGAUUAUAAAGCAAUUUUAUGAAAAAAAAUAUUUUAAUAACAAUGUCUUUACUAAAAAAGCUUUCCUUGAACAUUUUAAAAAUGUUCAUUUAAAAUGUUUAAACAUAACAUUUUGUAAUUUUAAAAUAAAACAUGACCAGUAGCACUUUUUGUAUUUAUGAUGGAUGGUUUACCUUAAUUACCUGUAACACCGUAGAUUGGAGCUAGGAUAUCUUGUUAGGAGAUAUUGGAAUAUGCUUGCCAAGUUGCCUACUUUACUGCCUUAACCCUCCCUUCAUGGCACCCCCCUUUUACUGUUUUAUAUUAUGUAUAUAAUUAAUAUUUUGUACCCACUCGCAUUCCAUAGACGCCAUUUUGAAUAUAUUGAAUAAACAUUAUAGUAACACA